AUGCCCAAGGACCGGCGUGACCGUGACCCGACCGAUGCCGGGGAGGACUUGAAGCAGGCGAGCUCUGACCAGCAGCAAGCACCGAGUAAGGUUGUCAUGCGCCGUGGAAAGCUUGGAGGAUCGACGCUUGCAGGCUGGCAGAUCGGCAGGGCUAGUAGCUCGAGACUCGCAUCGGAGAGUGGCGCUCAGGAAAGUGAGCGAACUUUUGCGAAGAUGGUAGACUGCAAGACCCUAUCCUGCGACUUGAGCGAGUAUGUCCCGCGGCUGUGCAAGCCGAAUGUUCCAGCCGAAUGUUCUAGCAGUGCUGGUUACUUUUGGUCUUGUUUUUUGUGUUUGUUUGUGCAGCUUCUCGCUGUGGCGCUGUGA